UCCACUGCCACUCCUUGUACCUGACUCUUCAUCAUGGUAUUCAUAACUCUGGCUAUAUGAAGGCCACUUCCUUGCUAUAUGAUUGCCAUCGCUAGGACAAUCGUCUCUUGAGUCAAUCUGCAUCAUUCCAUGCCCAACAAUGGUCUCCUUCGCACCACUCAUAAGGGGUUUGUCCGCCGCAUCUUCACUCUUGACAAGUCCUCUCAAUGACGCUGCCACGUUGAUUCUCGGUACGAGCCAGCAGGCGCUCAUUCAGCCAGUCCUGCCACCCACUCUGGAUCUCAACGUCGUGAGCAACCUCACCACCGAUACAACAUCGACGUCAGACGAACUGGCAGUACCCAACCCGCCAAUGCCAUUUUACCUCAUAGCCCACCGGGUCUCCACAGUCCAAGGCGUGCAAGAUGCUCUCUCCCAUGGCGCUAAUGCCAUUGAAAUGGAUCUUACUGCCUACAACAGCGGCUGGUACGUAGACCACGACGGUAUAUGGCUCACCCGUGGCGGCAGCGCGCGCCAAAUGUUCCAAGCCAUCGCAGACGCUCGUCAGGCCGGCAAGACAAUCACUUUCGUGUGGCUCGAUAUCAAAAAUCCAGACUACUGCGAUCCAAACAAGCCAAUGACAGAGCCAUGCUCGAUCGACACCCUGCAGGAUCUGGCACGCGAGAUCCUCCAGCCAUAUGGUGUGAGGGUUUUGUACGGCUUCUAUGGCGGCAGCAACAUCGGACCUGCCUUCAAAAGAGUCAUUGCUUCUCUGAACGACUAUGAAGCUAUUGAUCUCGAAAGCCUAGCAGCGACUGUCCAACAGGCAUUCUCUGCCGCCGGACUCUCCCAAUCAGCAAAAGGCAUCAUGUCCUAUGGCAAUUUCAUUCUCGGGUACCAGUUCGGCAAUUGCGAAGAAGAAAGCUAUUACACCUGUACCGAGCUCCGUCAAGCCGUUGAGUCGAGACACUUCGGCAAGGUCUUUUCGUGGACCCUCGAGGCUGGGCAGAGCUGGUAUCUCGACAAGCUCAUGGGCGAGGCGAGUGUUGAUGGGCUCAUUUAUGGCUUCAAAGCAGCUCCAUAUUACGACCAUCCGGAUACUCGGUCUGCGGCACAAGAUAUAUUUUCUUGGAUCAACGACCAUUCUGAUCGCCGCUAUGUCGCCACUCAAGAUGACCACCCGUGGUAGACGACAUACUGAUGCUCCUUGUUCCUAGUAUUGCUUUUAGCCACUACAAUUUGGAUGAAAUUCAGACAGACAAUGCACAAAUCGGCGAGGCAAAGUCAAGAGUUCUGCCCCAAAUCUCCUUUCC